UUAUUCAUUCAUCGAAAUCUGUUCCUCGCAUAAAAAGGACUGCCCAGGUGCUGCUCCUUUUAUUGUCCUGCAGUGUAUAUAUAUGCAUUGAACGCCGCCUUAAGCCACCCGAGGUUAAGUUAAAUACUUAUUAGGUAGGUAGUCCACGGGUAAUCAGGUACCACUUUCGAGCCACUUCUUCCAUACCAUUGAUUACUACGAGCUAGGUAGCUAAUUACCUAGCAAUGCACCUGUUAUCUUUAUGAAAAUCAAACUACCACGAACUUGUUCUCAUAUACCGUCUCUAUCGUUCUUCCGUGCGAUGAUGAUUUAUCUCACUAAAUCAAUGCUUUAUGCUUUAUUGCUGAUUUGACCAAGCUUGUUUGAUAUAGAUUCGAAAACGUUGGCUAUUAAUAGCACACAAAAAACCCUUUAAACCUCCGUUGACCAUUGGGAUCUCCCGAGUUCUGACAUCGAAUAACUAGAAAAUCCUGUUCCUCUUUCUUCUGAGAAGCCACUUCGGGAAUGCAUCUUUUAGUCAUGCAGAACAAUCUCCUUCACAGAAAUCUCUAUAUGCCAUGUCAUGUCAUUAUUUAUCCUUACUUGCAACUUGUACGUACAGCAUUAUUAUCCUAGAAUCUAAGUAGAUUGGGCUACCAAUGGAGAUAUGUUAUUUUGCAUCGCUUUAUUCUGGUUUGUUCUUUCCUUCUCAUCAAACAAUGGUUCGAGAGAUCCAAAGUUGAUCCAUGUUAUCCUUCCAUUCACGAUGGGUGUAUAGUUCUUUCCUCUUCAGGCGGAUCCCCUUCCGGUGGACCACCUUCACAAUCUCUCCCCGAAAUGAACAAAUGGCUUCUCGUCAAGAUUGCACAGCACGUCAAUCUUUCUCCCUUCUCAAUCCCAUGUUCAGUCACCAAGAUAGUUAUGAUUCGACUACCUCCAUCCCUCAUAACCAUUGGUUUGGGUGACAUUAAGGACUACGACAGACGCACAAAACGUCGGGCCAAGUUGCAGCUGAAUCCACAAGCCGCGCCUUUCAAACAUCAGAUUAUUCUACCAAUUAGAUCCAUCAGUCACAGAAGCAGAAUCUAUGGUCCAUCUGCUGAUACAAUAGCAAGCACCGAUGGAAGUCAUCUCACAAACCAAACGAAUCAAGGACCGGUUCAGAGUCACAACACCCCGAGACUUGCAUCUCCUCUUCCAUUGGAAUGUGUUAUACAAAUGCCUGCUCAUGCUCCCUCUCAUGCUCAGGAUUCUGAUGUUUCGGAAUGGGAAAACCCAUCACCUCGCUCUUCUGAUGGUACAAUUACAAAUCAUCAAUUUGUAGAUGGCUCUUCGUUCGAAGCGGAGCUUCCCGAGAUGUACAAUGUCAGAAAGUCGGAGACAUUCGAAGAAUGGCUAGAUGCGAGGCGUGGAAAGGUAUUUGAGAUGCCGGAGACCCAAAGUAGCCAAGAGUCGGUAGAGCUUGAAGCGGGCGAUGAAUCUUUCGAGAACUCCGGUGUUAGGCGGCUCUCUUCCCCUUCCAAAGACAACUUCGACUACGGCGGGUUUGUUGAAAGCCCUAGUCAGCAAGAAAGUGACCAGAGUCGAGGAUCUUCACCUUUCGAACCAGAGGAUGCUUCGACAACUCCUCACAUUCAAGCACCGGCAGCACAGAGACUACAAGCUCGUACAAGAUUACCACGCUCACCUUUAUUCUUGGCACAAAAUGCAUCAAGUUCACCAGAGCGACAUACUACAGCUAGUUUGACCCCUAGAGUUGUGUCUCGCAUAGCUUCGCACAAUACUCCAGGGUUUCUGUUUGCGCAACCAGCCCGACGCCCUGGACCUAGCCCUCAUGUUCAAUCUACACGUCAACCUCGCACAUUGAGGCACCAAACGAACAGCUUUUCAUUUGAUGAUUCGGAAAGAUCUAGUGUCGCUUACGAACAAGAGAGAGCUCUAUCUUCAUCUACAACCGAUAGUCGACCACGGCCAUCGGAAAGCCUCAAUCUUCGUCAAGAAUUGCGUGGAAGUUCUUUACAGAGUUCUCGAAUACCUUCAUUUUCAAGUUCCGUUCGUAGUCAAGAGCAUCCUCCGUCAGACCGAGAGGUAUUAAUACAAUCACAAGAGUUUGAAAGAAAGACAAAUACUUAUGAGCCCACUGGCGAUGAAGAAAUGGAUCCCCACAGUCUUGUCUCAAUUGCAGAGCAAUCAAUAAUAUCAACAGCCAUUUCCGUUCGUCGUUCCAGAGAAUUACAUUUACCACCACCAUUCUCAACUGUUUCCAGGUCGGAUUCAAGGGCAGCAUCAAGCCCAAGCUCCCCAUCAGAUGCAUAUCAAAGCAAAACUUCACCCACCAGCAUUGUUAGGAGUUCUUCGGGUGGCCCUUCAGGCAGUCCUUCCAGGAAGAUCUCUGUCUCAAGCUCCGUUAUUAGUCAACUAAUCCGAGAGCAUGAUGAGAGGCAAGCAUCAAGCCCACCUUCCGUUGGGCGUCGACGAUUGAAUCCUAUUGUCAGAGCUGCUGCACGCUUGUUUUCGAGUCCCAGUUCCCGCUCACCCUCACGCAAUUCCCCUCCUCCUUCACCUUCUCCAUCGCCACGUCGACGUCUCACGCGACCACAGCCAACUCCAAGAAGAGACAGUGAUACAGGUCCCCGAACAUAUACUCCAUCCAGGGGAUACUCGGUGUACAAUGAUUCUCUUCCUGCAGCAUCUCAACCUCAGACCCCAGCCCACUUACCCGAAGCUCGACAUCAAUCUCGUUAUCAUCCAUCUUACACUGCACCCACAACUAGAUCCAUGGGUCGAUUGAGAAACUUCCUUACCGAGCACGGAGCAUCAACUCCAGUUCGACCCAGCGACUCUUUCCAUCAAGAUUCCAGCCAAAGAUGGAUGUAUGUGACUGAUGCGAGACGGACGAGACAGAGGUCAGGUUCGCCAGCAGGAAUGUCAGAUGAUGGUUUUCGAGGUCUCUAUGGUGGGAGGGAAAAUGGUGAUGAUGAACAGAGUUGGAUUGAUGGAGUUAGAGCUCGUAAUGCUGAGAUGAGGAAUUGGCAGACUCGAAGUGAUGAAGGAAGGUUAGAGGAUGAUGAAUAAGAUGAGAUUUAUGGGAUUCAAGGGAGCCUUGUUAGGGUUACUUUGUUGUGGGUUGUGCUCAUGGCAAACAAUGUUAAUAUUGGUAUUUGACGAGGGAGUGUUUUGACAAUAUGGAGUAGUAGAAUCAUUACCUAACAAACAACCUUAUGAAUGCGAGGGUGAGUAACGCUAGAUAAAUAUGGUUUAUUAUAGUCGGGAAAGAGGUGCGUGUAUGUACAUGCGCGUUCUGUUAGGUAAUGUUAUUAUGUGGCUAACGAAUAGACUGAAACAAUGUAGAGUUACGAAUUGAGAGUAUCUUUUAAAGCUUUAUAUUAUUAGAAGUGUUGGAAGCGUAGGUCACUUACAAUGGGAAUAU